AUGCCUGCGAUGUCAAAGCUGUCCUUCGUCGCCGCGAGCGCCGCGGCCGCCACUGCGGCGACGACCUUUGUCGGAGUUCCACAGCCGGUGUCGAGGCCUGUCGCCCUACGUGGUACGCAGCAACGGUCUGCGACAGGUGCCGGGCUCGGGGGUGCAUUGGGCCUGGGAUUGGCUGGCCUCGGCUUGGCCAGCCUGUCGGUUGUGCCAACCGCGAGGGCAUCUGUCGUCCGCUGCGCCUACGAUGCCUCGCAG